UUUUGUGGGCUACUGCACUGCUACUUGGUCUACUACGACAUUGUACCGACCACGUUGACCUUAUCAUUCCAUACGAUAAGCGUGUUCCUAUAGUUCCUUCGAAAUAAUUAAUUUGCAAAACCUAAAGUAAUAAUUUUUAUUUGUACCCAAAAGUGUUCAUAGAGCUGUGAUCUGUCUUACCGUGAUAACCAUGCCUGAUUCAUUUUCGUGCAUUACCUGCCAAGUGUUGUUCAAAAGCCCAGAAUUGCAGCGGGAGCAUUACAAGUCUGACUGGCACCGAUAUAAUUUGAAGAGGAAGGUUGCCGCGGUCCCCUCUGUAACCUUGGAAGAGUUCGAAACGCGAGUGAAGGAACACAGGGAGCAAGCGCAGGACGAGAACCGUGAUGAUUCACAUUAUUGCAAGUGUUGCUCAAAGUUAUUCAAUACGACCAACGCUUACAACAACCACCUGAACAGCAAGAAGCACAAGUUAGCGCAAGAGAAAGCUCAGGAGGUGUCUGACCACAGUAACCACUCUGACACAGAUAGUUUUGUGAAGGUAGACGCGCCGGAAGUUGCAGGAGCUGCUAAAAGCUCUGAUGACAGGGUUAAGUUUACACUCGUCAACACCCAUGGGUCCGGAGACGAGGAUGCCGAAACAGCGUCAGAUAUAGAGGAGCUUGAUUCUGAUGAAUGGGAUGAAUGCCGCAUUAAAGGUAGUGAUUCACUCAUCAAGCCACAAGAUUGCCUGUUUUGCUCUCACCACAGCAAGAGCAUGGUGAAGAAUCUAAAACACAUGUCUGAGGCGCAUUCAUUCUUCAUUCCCGAUGUGGAGUACUGUGUUGAUGUCAGAGGUCUACUGCUGUACUUGGGAGAGAAGAUCUCUCAAGGAUAUAUGUGCCUUUGGUGUAAUGAGACAGGUCGUACAUUCUACUCAAUGGAAGCUGCCCGUGGACAUAUGGUGGACAAAGGCCACUGCAAGAUGCUACAUGAAGGCGUAGCUUUAGCAGAAUACGCAGACUAUUAUGAUUAUAGUGCUUCUUACCCCGAUCAAAAGGAAGGGGAUGAAGAUAUGGUUGUGGAUGAGGAGGUGGAAGGCCCGGCGACACUGGAAGGUGACGAUUUCCAGUUGGUGCUACCAUCGGGUGUUACUGUUGGCCAUCGGUCACUUAUGAGGUACUACAAGCAAAACCUGACGCACAGCAGCGCGGCGCUGGUGAAGAAAUCGGACCGCAAGCUGCACCGGCUGCUGGGGGUGUACCGCGCGCUCGGCUGGGCGCCGCGCGACCAGGCGCUCGCCGCCAAGAACGCGCGCGACAUCCACUUCAUGAAGCGCGUGCAGGCCAAGUGGCAGAUGAAGCUCUCCCUCAAAAGCAACAAGUUCCAGAAACAUUACCGCGCGCAAGUCAACUUCUAACCUUCACUAUCACCCUAUUUAUAUUAUUUUACUGAGUAUGACACAAAUCCGUUGUUGCACAGAUCCAUGUUUUCAACCACACCAUAGUCUACCAUAAUAAGUUCAUUCGAAGUCCAUACCGUCAGGGUUGCGAAAUUCCUACCUUCGGGCAAACUCGGCUCCGUUCGGCUCAGCAUUGCUCCGAGCAAUUAUUAGGGUUGACACAUUUUGACGUCCCUUUGCGUGCACGGCCACAGAUAAGAUAAUAGCUUGAAUUUUGACAACCCUAAAUAGCCGAAAGGGAUAGUGCCAUAUAUUAGAAAGGGACAGCAGGUUCGACCUUGAAAGUAAUGGUUUUGUAGGAAGUUUCCUUUCUGUGCGAUAGUACUAUUAUUUAUUCUGUGAUACCGUCUGUUAAGCGGUACAUUAGCUCUUUGCAACGUUUACACACUACGCGACGAACCGCUUGUAAAGUUUCCGCUUAUAUUUCAAAUGGACUUAAAUUUAGACCGUAACAAUCAUAGGAAAAAAAUGGAAUAAAUGUUCCUCUAGACAUUAAUAACCUCAUUUGUUUUAUCACAAUCAUUUUAUGAAGCCUAUGUAUACCUAUUUUAUACCAAAUAUUUAUUGACUUGCAACGGCCUUCAUUGUCCCAUUUGGAUGAAAAACGCUGUAUGUUGUUUCAAUUCAUAAUGCUUAAUAAAUAACUACCAAACGUAUAUUGUGAAGUUUCUGAACUGAAACGAAACUUAUAGAACUAUGUAGGUAGCUAGGUAGAAUAUGUAGCCACAUAUAAAUGAAUACUUGUGUUCUAUAAUAAUGCAAUAAUUAAUAUGUAAGAUCAUUUUGAUGUCAUGAAAUUGACCAUAGGGGCAUUUCACGCCAAGCGGGCAGCGAAAAAAGUGUCAGGUCAUAGAAUUUGCUGAAAUUUGGAAUAAUUAUACUACUCGAUAUUCUAAAAAUACGCAUUCUUUUAGUUUUUUUUUAUUUGGCACCGUUUCCGGUUUGGAAGCAUUUAAAAAAUGGACGAAAAUUGAGGAGAGCAUUUUACAAAAGCUGAUGCAGCUAUUAUUUAAUAAACUGAAAAAUAAGUUUAAUAUUGGUUUGUAUACAAUUUUAAUUGCUUUAUCUUGCAGUUAUAACAAUUUUGAUAUUUUUUAAUUUUUUCAUACAAAAAACCGGAAAUGAAAAUUUCAAGUCAAAUUUAUAUAAAGUUCGGUAUUUUUGAAAAUUUUUAUUUUUGCCUCAAAAUGUAGCUUAUAGUCCAUCAAAAAUACAUGGAAAGUUUGAGAGUGGGAUCUGCAUUCGUUUCGGAGAUACAUGAACUAAAGUGCAAACGUGCCGGUCUGAGCGUCGUACUGGCGAUUCCUUAGUUACCCAGUCAAAUAAAGGUUUUGUCCCUGGAAUGACAAAUAAUAAGCUGGAAACUCGUAUAACCACACCUUCGUUUCGGCGGUCUUUAAAUUACGAUAAAAGUCAUAGAAAACCUCGUGUUCGCGCCGGAGUUUAUUCAAGGUCAAAGGUCACAAAAAUUGCUUUAUCACAAAUAUCAAGGUUUCUAUACCUCCAAAGAUGUUUACAUAUAAAUGAAGAUUGUAGAGCAUACAAUUUGAGACAAAUCAUGUUCAGGGCAUUUUUCCCGAUCCUCAACCGUUUUGUAGGAAUUGUCGGAUAUAGACAUACGCUCCGUAAUGCAAGUUCACCGUGAAUUCCGGUUAAUAAUAACUUCUAUAAAGUUAUUUAUUUCACAAGAUGCUAUUUACGGAUCAUAAGCUGAUUUUAGAACAAAAGUUGUCUCUCCUGUGGACUAUAGUUAACAGCUUGUGUGAUUUGAUUUGAUUUUGAUGAAGCUUUUAUCGCGGACUGUACUUUUUUUCAGUUAUCUGCUCAAUUCUGCGAAUAUAUUUUAUGGCCAUGAUGAUGGGCUGAUGUCAUUAUAUAUUCUUAUUUUAUACAUUAAAAACGACCAGCUUCGCACGGGUUAAUAAAAUUAUACAUAAACCGUCCUCUUGAAUCACUCUGUCUAUUUAAAAUACACAGGGACAAACAACGGGAAGCGACUUUAUUUUAACCUAUGUAGUAAUGUCAUUAAAAUAUUGCAUUGUCAUUGGUUUUUCAUAAAUAUGCCAAAUUAAAAUUUGGCAUAUUUAACUCAAUGUAAAACCAACAAAUAGUCAACGUUUGCAAAUGUUGAAGACAGAUCGAAAAGAUACAUAUUUCCAUCGCCAGUUAAAUAAAAUAUUGUGGAAAUGUUUACUUGUAUUAUUUGUACUUCAACUUUACCUCUUUUCUGUGGACACUAGAGGCAACAAACCCUAAUUUUCUAAUUAAUCCUAAUGAAGGGGUACUUCUAUUAGCCUAUUUCAUUUAUAUAUAUAUUUAUAUAUAUUUUAUAUAUUUUUUAUUUUUUUUUAUUUAGGGGUAUUAGCCUAUUUCAUAAAAUGAAUGCAUAAAUGCACAAAAGCUGUUAACUAUUGUCCACAGAAGAGACAACUUUUGUUCUAAAAUCAGCGUAUGAUCCGUAAAUAGCAUCUUAUGAAAUAAAUAACUUCAUAGAAGUUAUUAUUCACCGGAAUUCACGGUGAACUUGCAUUACGGAGCGUAUGGCUGACCGCUACGCGUUCUAUGCUGUCUAUAUCCGACAAUUCCUACAAAACGGUUGAGGAUCUGAAAAAAUGCCCGAAAUAUGACUUGUCACAAAUUGUAUGCUCUACAAUCUUCAUUUAUAUAAAAACAUAAUUGGAGGUAUAGAAACCUUGAUAUUCGUGAUAAAGCAAUUUUUGUGACCUUUGACCUUGAAUAAACUCCGGUGCGAACACGAGGUUUUCUAUGACUUUUAUCGUAAUUUAAAGACCGCCGAAACGAAGGUGUAGUUAUACGAGUUUCCAGCUUAUUAUUUGUCAUUCCAGGGUCAAAACCUUUAUUUGACUGAGUAACUAACGAAUCGCCAGUACGACGCUCAGACCGGCACGUUUGCACUUUAGUUCAUGUAUCUCCGAAACUAAUGCAGAUCCCACUCUCAAACUUUCCAUGUAUUUUUGAUGGACUAUAAGCUACAUUUUGAGGCAAAAAUAAAAAAAUUCAAAAAUACCGAACUUUAUAUAAAUAUGACUUGAAAUUUUCAUUUCCGGUUUUUUGUAUGAAAAAAUUAAAAAAUAUCAAAAUUGUUAUAACUGCAAGAUAAAGCAAUUAAAAUUGUAUACAAACCAAUAUUAAACUUAUUUUUCAGUUUAUUAAAUAAUAGCUGCAUCAGCUUUUGUAAAAUGCUCUCCUCAAUUUUCGUCCAUUUUUUAAAUGCUUCCAAACCGGAAACGGUGCCAAAUAAAAAUAAAAUAAAAGAAUGCGUAUUUUUAGAAUAUCGAGUAGUAUAAUUAUUCCAAAUUUCAGCAACUGACACUUUUUUCGCUGCCCGCUUGGCGUGAAAUGCCCCCAUAAUGAAAUAAAUUAUGUUUAUAUCGGUUGUGACCGUAUCACUCCAUAAGACACGGUGUCGCUUGUGGGCUUCACGAGGGCUCGUGUGGUUCUGUGACCCCGUCCCCUCUCCUCUUAACCAUCUAGACCAGCGGUCGGCAACCUUUUGACAGCCAAGGGCCACGUAGUAGUUAACGAAGUUGAUGCGUGCCGCACAUGGUGGAUACAUAUUUAAUGACUUUAUCAGACAUUGUCAUUUGUCAAUAUUACAUACAAAAUAGCCAGGGAGGCUCGCGGGCUGCCUGAUGCCGACCACUGAUCUUGACGUGUAAUAUUGGGUGCUCAAGUUAACUUUACAUGGACAUGCUGGUGGAAAUUGUAUUUUAUAGACGCAUUAUCUUUGUGUCACUUGCACUUUAAUAAACAAAUGUAUACCUACCUUGAAUUGGGAAUAUUUCUGCGAACGAAACAUCACAAAGAAUUUAAGCCCCACUGUUGUUGCGUACGUGCUGAUUUGACAAAUUAGUACGGAUUCACACACGGUGAAGCCUUCGUUAAAUAACACCUCAUUGGAUUGAUGUCUAUGAAAACAUUUAAGAGGCCCCAGCAAGCUCAGCCGAAUUUUGCCUUCCCGUAGAAACGGAGUUUUGUUCUCAUUUUAAAACUACGUGUUAAAUUGUAAUGAAACUUUUUUCACGUACAAUUACUUUGGUAUAGCUCCAGUUUAAAAAACAGAUGAAUAGAGUAAAAACAAGUUUUGUAUGAAAACUUAAUUUAGUUGUAUCAAAGAGAAUAUGUAUAGUAUAGAGGGCUAUUGCCAAAGUAAAUUUUGUAGUCACGGUACAUUUACUGCCAUCUAUCGACACACGAUAAACUUAAAAUAAAAUUCAAAAUGUAUAAAUUAAUCAAAAUAUGUUUACGGAUAAACGAUUUUUAAUUUUUAAUGUUCCAUACUGACCCAUGUUCUUUCACUCAUAUGUGUUAAAAUUGUUAAAUAUCAACGCCAUCUAGCCGAGAAUAGGCCAAAGGUAUAUGGCGCCAUCUGUUCGAGAAGGACUUUUUCUUGAUUUCUGAGGGACGUUUUUUUCUUAGACUUUAUUUAUCUUAUACGGAGUUAUAAAUAUCUCUGGUUGUAUGUAGAUAAACUAAUUACAGAACUAGGUAUUGAAGUACAAAGUUUCAGUGCAAUCUAGCUAGUCGUUUUAAAAUGAGAGCGUACGUUUGUAUGGAGAACCGGGCUUGCUGGGGACUGUUAAUUUCAAAUUGUAAACUCUCGUUCCUUAGACAAUGUUUUUAAAUAAAUAUGCUGCUCUGAAUGUCCCUCACAACGGAAUCCAUAGCAAAAUGUCUACCUCUAAAUAGUUAUUCAUAUUUUAUCGAAAUAUACGUUUUGUAGAUAAACAUGUAAUGAACCACGGAAUAUUCUAAAUAGAUCAUAAUAUCAAA